UGUCGGAUCCAGUUUGCUGCUUUCUCCAGCUGCCUUAGUACUGACGGGACAGGAAGUGAUGGAACAGGUAUUGUGUCAUUUUCAUCAUGUUACAAGGCUGCUGCCGUUUCCUCUCUUAUUCAUUUGCCCUCACCAAUGGCAUGCUGGAAAGGAUACAGCUGUCAGAUGCUGUGUUCUGUUUCUGGUUCCAUUGAGCGUGUUGACUCUCCCAGUGUUCAUCAAGGCAAGGCAGGCUUGAAUUGUUCCAUGAUGGCGAAAGAGCAUCAGUCCAAAAAGAAGAAACAGGGCAACUGACAUAGCUCUAGCUGCCUAGGCUCCAGCUGCAUUGCACUUCAUUGCAUCCUUGGGAGAAGAGGGUGGAAGAAUAUUCACGAUCCAUUCAGUGGAAACACCAAAAGGGUGCCUUUUCAAUGGAGAAAAGGGCAAUAAAAUUUAUGACAGCUAAGUUAUCUGUUCACUAAGAUAUAAAAAGCCGUUGGAAGAAGAGACCGUUGCUAGACCACACAGAGGUCACUAUAAAUCUAAACUCACACCUUUCCAGGAGUGUUCAUUCAUAAAGGAAGGAGCAAAGCAUGGAGAAGCUGGCGUCCUCCCUCUGGCUGGCCUUUUUCUUAGGAACUGCAGCUCAUGUUCUGACACCCAAGAAUGAUAUGAAGGAGCAAAUGGAAACAGAGCCUUUGAGGAGUUUUCAUUUCUCCUGCAAGAUGCAAAGUUCCUCUCGCUCAGCCUCAUCUUCAGUUCACACUUUGAGACCAUCAGAUAUCAAAGCAGUUGCUGCUAUAGGUGAUUUGGGAAAUAUUGAGGACUCUAAGGCAAAGCACCCAGAUCUGCUCCAAAGUCUAACGCCCUCCCCCAGCAACCUCUCUUACAGCACAGAGCGGGAUCUUAUCCAGGCAAACAUGAAAACAAUACUAGCUCUUGUUAGCAGGUUUAGUCCUUCCGUGCGGUACUACUCUUCUGUUGGGAACAGCAGUGCUGUGUCAAGAAGCAGGACCCUAGAUCUCUUGAAUCAAGCGAAAGAAAUUGUGAAGAGUAUGAAAGAGAGCCAGUGGAUGGAUUACCACAAUGACUGGAAGCUUAUUACAGUUUUUCAUCCAUGUCCCUUCCAGGCCUCCAUCUCUCAGGCAACUUCCCACCUUAACAGCAUGAAACAACUUGAAGGAGUCUUGGAUUUUUUAUAUGAAGAAGUGCCCAAAGCCUUUGUAAACCUGGUGGAUUCUCCUCUGCUCACAUUCUUACAUCUUCCACACAGUGAUCAAAAUUACGUCAGGGACAUUUUUCUUAAGCUAUGCAUUUGUUCCAGUGAUUGUUCCAGACUGGAGGAUGUUGUAUGGAGAUGGUCCUAUCAGGAUGCUUUGGAAAAUCUGCUAACAUCUAGGAAGUAUGACCUGAAAGAUGAUUUCACUGUGGUUCUCCAGACUCCUCUCCAAGAAGUAAAUAUGCCUUUUGCAACAACCAGGCAAGAUAAUAACUAUUCCACAAAAAAGACCCCAGUCCUAGAAAAGAAAUUUGCUGCUCUAGGAGUAGGACUCUGGAACAAUAUGCUACAGCCUGUUGGACAGAAGCAGCUGUAUUAUUUUACAGAGAUGCCCAAGGCAUGGUGUCCUACUCAGGAGAACCCAUACUUCUUUACAUUCAAGAAUAGCAACUGUUCGUCUUUUCCUGUGAAAUCGCUGACUGAACCAAUAUCUCAACAAAGGAGCUUUGGGACCAACAUUCCAUGUAUUGACCGCAGCCCCUCAAACACAGUUCCUGUCUCAGUUCAUAACUUGAGGCCAGCAGACAUUAAAGUUAUAGGUGCCCUUGGGGACUCACUAACGGCAGGAAAUGGAGCAGGAUCUUCACCGUACAAUGUCAUAGAUGUUCUGACACAAUAUCGAGGCCUUUCAUGGAGUGUUGGUGGAAAUGAAAACAUAAGCACAGUCACAACAUUAACAAAUAUUCUUCGUGAGUUCAAUCCCUCUCUGCUAGGCUUUUCUACUGGCAAAGGAACAGAGAACACACCUAAUGCCUACCUGAACCAGGCUGUGGCAGGAGCACGUGCACAAGACAUCCCAUCUCAGGCGAAAAGACUAAUAGACUUGAUGAAAACUGAUUCUAAAAUAAAUUUCCAAGAAGACUGGAAGCUUGUAACACUUUUCAUAGGAGGAAAUGACUUGUGUGGUCAAUGUGAUGAUCCUGCACAUUAUUCCCCUGAAAAUUUCACAAGCAAUAUACAGACAGCUUUGGACAUACUCCAUAAAGAGGUCCCUCGAGUAUUUGUGAACAUGGUGACAAUCCUUCAUAUAACAACUCUGAGGAAAUUAUACCAAGAGAACAGCAUUACCUGCCCAAGGCUGAUCAUGAGGUCUCUGUGUCCUUGUGUUCUGAACCCUGGUGAUAACUCUUCUGAGAUUGAGAUGCUAGAGUUUUUUAACAGAAGAUAUCAGGAGGGAAUUCAUCGUUUAAUCGAAAGUGGAAGGUAUGACACAAGGGAAGAUUUCACAGUGGUUGUGCAACCAUUCUUGGAAGAAUCAAGAAUGCCUACGACUCCGGAAGGGUUGCCUGAUUCCUCAUAUUUUGCCCCAGACUGCUUCCACUUUCAUCAGAAGGCUCAUUCCCAGGUUGCUCGGGCUGUGUGGAAUAACAUGCUGGAACCUCUUGGGGAAAAGUCAAAACUGCAAGCACUUGAAACGGUGAUAACCCUCAAAUGUCCAAAUCAGGUGCAGCCAUAUUUAAUGACAUACAGAAACAGCAACUAUACCUACCCAAAUGAGACUGCCUCCAUUUACGGAAGCCAGAUGCUGUGCGAGGGUAGAGUUCCAUCCAUCAACCCCCCUACUUCAGUGCAUAGCCUGAAACCAGCUGAUGUGCAAAUAAUUGCUGCCUUGGGGGAUUCCUUGACUGCUGGUAAUGGCAUUGGAUCAAAACCAAAUGACCUGGUGGACAUGACUACGCAGUAUCGGGGGUUGUCUUGGAGCAUUGGAGGAGAUGCUUCAUUAAAGAGUGUAACAACCUUGCCUAAUAUCCUUUGUGAGUUCAAUGCUAACCUCACAGGAUACUCAACUGGCACAGGUAGCCUAAGUGAGCCAACUGCCUUUCUCAACCAGGCACUUCCAAGCGCGCAGGCUGAGGACUUACCAGACCAAGUAAAGCACCUUGUGAAAUUAAUGAAAAAUGACUCGAGAAUAAAUUUUGACACGGACUGGAAGGUCAUAACUGUAUUCAUUGGAGUCCAUGAUCUGUGCAACUAUUGCAAAGACAUUAAUCACUAUUCAGCUGUAAACUUUUCAAGUCACGUUCAGGAAGCCCUUGACCUUCUUCAUGCCGAGGUGCCUAAAGCUUUGGUUAAUCUGGUGGAGGUAAUGGACCUUCUUCCCUUGAGGCAGCUGUUUCUGGAUAGCAGAUUGCCAUGCCCUACACAUCUAGCAGAAGAUCAUUGUAGCUGUGUUCUCCCCAUUCGAGAAGGCUUAUCAGAGCUGGUGAUGAUAAAGGAAGCAAUCCAAGCCUAUCAGAGCAGCCUACAAAAACUAGUGGAGAGUGGCAGGUAUGACACCCAAGAAGAUUUUACAGUAGUACUGCAGCCUUUCCUCCGAAGCAUUGUGUUACCUCGUCUACAGGAUGGGCAUCCUGAUAUCUCCUUCUUUGCACCUGAUUGUUUUCAUCUGAGUCAAAAAUCACAUUCCCAGCUUUCUGGGGCCCUCUGGAACAAUAUGCUUCAACCUUUAGGAGAAAAAUCUGUUUCCUUCAGCUUUAUGGAUAAUAUAACCUUGAGCUGUCCAACUCUGCACCAACCCUUCCUGGGAACCUACAAGAACAGCAAUGACACACAUUCACCUCUGGAGCCCAGCAAGAAGCCAAGCCAGAACUGGGGUAGUGACCUGUCAUGCCCUGGACAGACUGCAUCCAAAAAAUCCCCAACAUCAGUGCACAUGCUGCAGCCUUCUGACAUCCAAGUGAUAGCAGCCCUGGGUGAUUCUUUGACGACUGCUGUAGGAGCCAAAGCAACUGGUUUGAAUGAUCUCAAAACAGCUUGGAGAGGGCUUUCCUGGAGCAUUGGGAGUGAUGAAACCUUGGAGACUCGCACAACCUUACCUAACAUUUUGAAAAAAUUUAAUCCAAAUCUCUCUGGUUUCUCAACUGGCACCCAGAAGGAAACAGCUGGAUUCAAUGUAGCAGAGGGAGGAGCAACAGCACAGAAUCUCCCAGCCCAAGCACGUGAAUUAAUAAAGCAAAUGAAAAGCAGCCCAGACAUCAACUAUAAGGAGGACUGGAAGUUAGUCACCAUUUUGAUUGGAGCCAAUGACCUGUGUCAAUGUUGCUUAGACAAGGAAACCUUUUCAGUGGAAAAAUAUGCAAAACAUCUCCAGGACACUCUUGAUAUCCUUUACAAGGAGCUCCCUCGGGCCUUUGUCAACAUGGUGGAGGUAAUGGAACUUGCUGGACUCCGUCAGAUAGAAAGGGAAGCAUCCGGAUGUGUUCUUUCAGGGGAAAGCCUUUGUCCAUGUUUUCUAAACACCCAAGAGAACUUCCCUGAACAACAAGAAAUGGAAAGAAUUAACAGAGAUUUUCAGGAUAGAAAUGCAAUGAUGAUCAACAGUGGCCGCUACACCAAGCGAGAAGAUUUUGCCGUUGUUGUGCAACCGUUUUUCCGAAACACCAUCAUGCCACUACACAACGAUGGGAAACCAGACCUGAGUUUCUUUGCAGUGGAUUGCUUUCAUUUCUCUGAGAGAGGCCAUGCGGAAAUGGCCGUGGCGCUCUGGAAUAAUAUGCUGGAGCCAGUUGGACAUAAGCAGUCAUACAAUAACUUCACAUAUGAAAGCUCAAAACUCAAGUGUCCAACCUCAGAACACCCCUUUCUUUUUACAUCAAAAAACAGUGGGAUGCAGAGUUCAGAAAUCAAUGAAGAGAAUAAUGGAGACACAGUGCCUUACUGGGCUGUGAUUGUGGCCGCAACAGCUGGAAUCUUGGCAGGAUCCCUAAUUGUUUGGGUUUUGAUGGCUCAGAAAGGCAGCAAACGCCCAUGGACAGGAGACACAGCAACUGAAGAGAAAGUAACGGCAUUUUAAAUUUGCACCUGCACCAAGGAGACCUAACACAACAUCUACCUCCAGUGAUAUGCAGAAAGCAGUAUGGAAGCUUAGCAGUAGCUUUGCACAUGCUAUUUUUAUACCAAAUUUUCCAUGUAAAAGUUGAAGAAGAGAUAACAAUUCAGACAUCAUUGUAACUGAUAACAGAUCAGAGUUUAGAGAUGUGGUGUAUAAAGAUACCUUAUUAAAGCAAGAACAUUCAAAAUGUAUCAGCCUUCCCUGUUUUUAACGAGGAUAUUUGUUACUGUAUUGGAAAUAAAUAACAAGAUUCAAAA